ACAGCAAUAAGAAAAGUAAGUAGCACACUAUUACUUCCAAUUCAUGGUGGGUAGUUGUAUUGCUAUUUGCACUUCAGAUCCAGGGAUAUUGCACUGGGAGAUUUGAAACCAACCAGAUUUCAACAACUAGUAAACAACAACAGCUGUGAACUAGUAACAACAGUGUGAUACAGGAGAAAUGGCCUCCAGGUACCCCUUAGAAGAGGAUAUCUUCUGUCCCGUUUGCUGUGAAGUCUUCAAGGACCCAGUUGUCAUGGCGUGUACACACAGCGUGUGUAAGGAAUGCCUGCAGGAGUGCUGGCAGAGCAAAGGGCAGAGAGAAUGCCCCAUCUGCAGAAGAAGGUGUUCAACUGAGAAUCCUCCAUUAAAUCUUGCACUGAGGAAUCUCUGUGUGACCAUAUCAGGGGGGAGAUGUUCCUCUUCUGGGCCUGAGGCUCGCUGCAGUGUGCACAAUGAGAAACUCCAGCUCUUUUGUCUGGAGGACAAACAGCUUGUGUGUUUGGUGUGUCGAGACUCAAAGAACCACAGAAGUCACACCUUCAGCCCCAUAGACGAAGCCGCAACAGAAUUCAGGGAGGAAGUUAUAACCAACCUGGACCCCCUCGGAAAGAAAAUGAAAACCUUUGAAGAAGUUAAACUCAUCUGUGAUCAAACAGCAGCACACAUUAAGACUCAGGUUCAACACACCGAAAAGCAGAUCAAGGAGGAUUUUAAGAAGCUUCACCAGUUCCUACAAGAUGAAGAGGCAGCCAGGAUAGCUGCACUGAGGGAGGAAGAGGAGCAGACGAGUCAGACGAUGAAGGAGAAGAUUGAGAAGAUAAAAAGAGAUAUCCGGAACAUUUCACGCACAUUUGGAGCCAUAGAAGAGGAGAUUGGAGGUGAUGACAUCACAAUCUUACAGAACUAUAAGAGUACAGUGAAAAGAGCCCAGUACACACUGCAGGAUCCAGAGAGGGUUUCAGGAGCCCUGAUCAAUGUGGCAAAGCACCUGGGAAACCUGAAGUUCAGAGUCUGGGAGAAGAUGAAGGAGAUUGUUCAGUACACUCCUGUGACUCUGGAUCCCAACACUGCACACCCAGAACUCACCCUGUCUGAGGAUCUGACCAGUGUGAGAUCUUGUGAUGAGGUGCAGCAGCUUCCUGAUAACCCAGAGAGAUUUGAUAAGUAUAUCAGUGUGCUGGGCUCUGAGGGCUUUAACUGCGGGACUCACUGCUGGGAUGUGGAGGUUGGGGACAGUACCUGGUGGCAUGUGGGUGUGAUGGCAGAGUCCCUCCAGAGGAAGGGAGACUGCUCUUCCAUGAGUGGGCGGUGGCUAGUGUUCUGUAAAGAUGGUACAUAUGCAGCACGUGCUACUCCACAACUCCCCACUCUCCUCACAGUGCAGCAGAAACUCCAGAAGAUCAGAGUGCAGCUGGAUUGGGACAGAGGACAGCUGUCAUUCUCUGACCCUGAUACUAACACACACCUACACACUUUCACUCACACUUUCACUGAGAAAAUGUUUCCAUACUUUAAUAUCAAUGUGAAAGGUUUUCCUCUGCAGAUCCUCCCAAGCAGCACAGUUAGAGCAGAUCUCACCUAAUAAUUACUGGAAAUAAUAAUUGAGGAUAUGAGAGAGACUUAGAUCAUAUGAUCAUCAUAACAUAAUCUUGAUGGAAAUGUGCUAUCAAUUUUAUUUUUGGUCUAUUUUUGGAAAACAUGUCUGAGGUUUAGUUUGGAACCCAGACAACGUCAGUUUUGAGUGAGCCUGGAAUAUAGUACUGUAUAAGAGGAUGUCUGUGCAGUGAGGGCAUUGCCUUGCUCUUACUAUUCUGAAGAGAGACAGGAUGAUCUUACAGAGACUAACAACCAGGCAGCUGGCACUGAUGAAAGGCUCGCUGUCAUGGUGACAUCUCUUGGCAGUCCAACCACAGAACAACAUUGUGGCUAACAGCCUAUUACUUCCGAAGUGCUCUGUGCAAAACACAGGUUGGGGCAAAACUUGCUCCAAGACAACUUUUCUAGCUCAUGCUUGGGGAAUGUUUGCUUGCAAUCAGGGCUCUCAAGUUUCCCGCAUUGAGCGUGAGACACACACAUUUCAAUGACUUCCCACGCUCACAUGGCAUUUCUCACUCCGAGAAAUUAUUAACUUGUCAGACAUUUCUAAGGUUACAAACGUGUUACAAACGUGUCACACAAUAUUGAUGUCUGUGCAUUCAUUCAGCCAUGGAGGUAUUGCAUUCAGCUCAGAGAGCUGCUAUUCAGUUACUAACCUAUCGGCCAAUCAGAAAAUAGGAUUUCUCAACCAAUCAGGUAAUAGUUGUUUUGUUGCCGGGCGAGGUCUGAGUUUUAGUGUCGUGAGCAGUCUCGGCCUUCGGUGAAUGCAUAGCGGAGGUGGAGUUGGAAGAGAACCAACUGGAGGUGGAAGAUUACAGGAUCAUCACGUAAUAACUUCAUUCAUUUCAAUCUCUAAUUAGUUACUACAGUUUUCCUACUCAUUGUUUAACCCUUAGAUGCAUAGGCUACCAAUACCUACACUCUUCCAUGAGUGGGGUCAAAAAUGACCCCAAUUAGAAUGCAUGCGUUUUUUGCUGUAAACUCAAAUAAUGUCUCUCAUUUUGGUUAAAGAUGAUGAUUUUUAUUAUAUAUUUGUCUAAAAUGUUUUUAUUUCAUGUUGGACAUAUUGAUGCAUCACUUUUUAUUAACAUUUUAUUACAAAACAGCUUUUAGAUAGGCAAAAAAGGUAAACAUCCUAAAAUUAUCUCAACAUAGGUGAAUAGGGUAACAUUUUUAACUUAGAGAUAUCUUCAUGAAACUUUACCAGUUGAAUACUCACAUAAAUAGGAGAAAAAAACGUAUUGCAAGUUUUCUGUAUUUAUGUUUAAAUAUGCUAAUUAGGUCAUGUCUAAUUAAA